AUGGAUAGCUAAAAAAAAUCAGCAAAUAAGUCUGCAAAUAAAUCUGUAAAUAAAUCAGCUAAUAAAUCUGCUACAAAAUCAGCUAAAAAAUCUACUUAAAAAUAAUAAGAAGCCAGAUAAUAGUCCCGCUCAAGAUCCAGAACCCCCUUAAAACAAGAAGCCUAAGAAUAAAAAAAUAGAUCAGUUUCAAAGAGCCCCGUUUAAUAAAAAAAAUCUGUUACACCAUAAAAGAAUGCUUCGGUAUAAAAGAUCGAAACUGCUGGACAUAAAUCUACUUCUAAAACUCCUGUUAAAUCAGUUGAAAAACAUUAAACUUAAGAAAAGAAAUCAUCUGCUUCAGCUAAAAAAUCAUCACCAAAAAAGUCAUCUCACAAAGAAUGA